AUGGCGGACGAGCCUCUGCCUACCCGUUGGUCCUUUCAGGAAUUUAAGUUGUUCUAUGAUUCCAAGUUUGGGAGGAAGAAGGAGGCCAAGGUAGAAGAGUCUUUUGCAAAUGGCCAAGCAUCAUAUAAUGGGGCUCAAUUGAAUGGGAUAUCAAAUGGGAGUCAGCAUGUGAAGAAUGCAUCUGACUUGGCUAUCUUUGAACAAUUUAGCAACCAGAAUCGAGGGAAUUCGGUGCAGUCUAAUGGAGUUCCGUUGGUGGGUGCAGAUGAAAAGCCGCACAGAUCUUUACUUCCACCUUUUGAGUCAGCUGAAGUGCGUGCUUUGGCAGAAAGUUUGUGUAGAGAUAUCAUCCGAGGUAGUCCAGAUGUUAAAUGGGAAAGCAUAAAAGGACUAGAUAAUGCCAAACGGCUACUCAAAGAGGCUGUUGUCAUGCCAAUAAAGUAUCCAAAGUACUUUACUGGUCUUUUAACACCAUGGAAAGGCAUUCUUCUUUUUGGCCCCCCUGGAACUGGAAAGACUAUGCUGGCAAAAGCUGUUGCAACUGAGUGCAAAACCACAUUUUUCAACAUUUCUGCAUCAUCAAUUGUCAGCAAAUGGAGGGGCGAUUCAGAAAAAUUGGUAAAAGUAUUGUUUGAGCUUGCUAGGCAUCAUGCACCAUCAACUAUAUUUUUGGAUGAAAUUGAUGCCAUUAUCAGCCAGCGAGGUGAAGGCCGGAGUGAACAUGAAGCAAGUAGGCGUUUGAAGACGGAGUUGCUUAUACAGAUGGAUGGCUUGACAAAAACAGAUGAACUCGUGUUUGUUCUGGCAGCAACCAACCUACCGUGGGAGCUAGAUGCUGCCAUGCUUAGGCGUCUCGAAAAACGGAUCCUCGUGCCUCUUCCAGAAGCAGAAGCAAGAAGAGCCAUGUUCGAGGAGUUGUUGCCCUCAGAUUCCGAGGAGGAACUUCCUUACGAUUUGAUGGUGGAGAAAACGGAAGGCUACUCAGGUUCAGAUCUUCGUCUACUAUGUAAAGAAGCUGCAAUGCAGCCACUGAGACGAUUAAUGGCAAAUCUCGAGGCGGAAAAAGAACUGGUGCCUGAGGAUGAGUUGCCGAAGGUGGGACCAAUCACGCGUGGCGACAUUGAGGUGGCACUGAGGAACACUAGGCCUUCGGCUCAUCUCCAUGCGCAUCGUUAUGAGAAAUUCAAUGCGGAUUAUGGCAGCCAAAUACUCCAGUGA